GUCCAGGCAGAUGGGACAGAUGGAAACUGCGUCACGUUUGUGUUGCAUGAUGAGGACCACACACUCGGCAACUCCCUCCGAUACAUGGUCAUGAAGAACCCUGAUGUGGAGUUCUGUGGCUACUGCAUCACGCACCCCUCUGAAAGCAAGAUCAACUUUCGGAUCCAGACCAGAGGGGCCCUUCCUGCUGUUGAGCCGUUCCGCAAAGGGCUGAACGACCUGAUGGGUGUUUGCCAACACGUGCUCAACACCUUUGAGAGGAGCAUGAAGGAAUACAGGGCCCAGAGGGAGGAAGAGAUGCAAUAG